GAUUUAUUCAACUCUUUCCGGCUCUUAGGGAAACCUCUGCAUGUAGAUUACGCCUCACUUGCUUUGAGAGGAUUUCUGAUUUACCCACAUCACUGACAUCAGCCAUUCCAACUUCUAAUAAAAAACUUGGAGACUCCAUCUCAAUCACUUUUAGCAAUAUUGAUUUAGAUGAAUGUGUUUAUAGAAUCUAUGAGUUCUGCAAUGGCUGCAAGUGCUCCCUUCAAAGUCGAUUUAAAGAGUGUUAAUUCGCACUUGGACGACAAGGCUGUGUUGUUGUUGACAGUAGUACGCAGGUGGAUUGUUCCUGACAAGGGAAACUCCUCCAAAAAUAUGAUUAAAAUGGACUUCAUGAAAGGAGGUAAUAGUUCUGGGAAUGAUGAUGAUGAUGAUGAGUCCUGGGAAUGUGAUGUUUGUCUCAGUUGCUACUUGCUAGGAAUUUGGACUGCAGAGUCUACAAUUUAUCUGCCUUGGUCAACUUAGAUCAUUUCCCGCCAUCACUAAUGCCUUAGGGAGUGUUUGCAAUUGCUUCAACUUUAAAAAAGUGAUUUUUUAAAGUAAUUUUGGGAAAAGUGAUUAAUAGUAAAAGUUGGUAGUGUUUGAGAAAAAAAUGAUUCUGAAAAAGUAAAAGUUAGUGUUUGGUAAAAUAAGUACUUUUUGUGUAAUAGAAAAAGUGAAAAGCAGUUUAAAGCACCCUUCCACCUGAUUCCAGCUUUUAGCUUUUAAGUGAUUAAUUUAAGCAGAAGCUGUCAUUUGAAAACACUCUUUUUAGCUUUUUUAAAGCCAAAAGCUGAAAAGCACUUUUUUUAAGCAACCGCAAACACUGCUUUAGUAAACUUGGACCAUUCUCUACCAUCGCACUUUGCUCUAUUAUUAUUUAUCUUAUUUGUAUUUCCAAGUUAC